AUGGACAGCUUUGCAUCUGUCCAUUCCAUCCAUGAAUUUUUAAAUUUUCAACAUAGACGAAGAAAUACACAUUCUGCACAGAAUCGCGUUCAUCGUAAUCCACGAUCAGUAUCAUUAUGUGAUCGCCGUGGAUUAAUUACGGCACCAAGCAUAUCUUACAGGAAAAGACACGAGACUGAUUCAAUGGACACAUUAGCCAUGUUGGUGCAUUUGAUGGAGAACGAAAAUGAGAGUGACCCUAUUCGAAUGCUAUUCCCAGCAACAAUAGAUGGCACAUCCCAAGCAAUAACUAAUAAACGAAGAGUUUGGCAACAAAUUCAUACCAAAAUAGCACUUCCCAUACAAUCCUUCUCACAAGUUCGUUUUUAUAAAAAUAAAUAA